AGGUUUAAGCCACUGUUUUUUGGUGGUUUAUUGCCUUGCCAUUUCUUAGAGAGAGAGAGAGGGAGAGAGAAAAGAAAACCAGAGAGAAAGAAUCUAGAGAAAGAGAGAGAUUUGAAUUCAAUUGAAUAGUUUUUCGGGUGACAUUGUUUUCUGGGUUUCUUGAAUUCUCCGAUCUCGGGAUUUGUGAAAUUCUACAGCGAGUUUUCGUUUUGUUUUUUCAUUUUUUAUUCAAUCUGUACAUAACUGUAGAGGUUUCUAACACGAAGAUCGAUCGCUGUUUAUAAUACAAGAUAAGCGGAUCUGAGCAGUGAUGCUUUUUGUUUGAUGAACCCUGAUUGCCAUGCAUGCUUAAGAUAUGGUGGUGAAGAAGAGACAAUAUUAUGGUUUCAAUGGCUUUCAUAUGCCCCCAGUUCCCAGGGCUCCGAGAUCAGCUAGAGGGAGGGGGUUGAAUAAGAUGAAAGUUGAGGAUAGUCAAAUAUGUGCAUUUGAAUUGCUUGCUUCCCUAGCAGGCAAGCUAUUGCAGGAGAGUGAAAGUUCAGCUUCCAGUAAUGCAUCUGAAGCAAAUGAUCAACCUAUAAUUGGUGGUGGUGGUGUGAAAUUUGAGCAAGAUGAUGAUAGACCAUUGAAAGCAGAAUGCCUUGAUCAUGGAAGUUGUGGAGAAAGUGCUUUUUUUACUCGGUUUUCCUCGCCAAACAGUGACCAAAAGAGCUUUCUUAAUGAAUUUCCACAUGCUGAGAGCAAUUUAUUUCUGGAGCGCUCGUCAAUGAUCACAAAUUCCAAUUCCUCAAAGAAUGGUGGUGCUGAUUUGAAGUCUGUGAUUUGCAAAAGUAAGAGUGCAUGUGAAAAUAUCCCUGGUAAAGUCGAGGGCUCUUCUGAUUCUAGGGUGUCUUGUGAUGGUUAUGUGGACAAUGGAUUAAGUAGACAGAAAAGGUGUGACGGGCUAGACACUAGAGGUUUGAUUGUUGAUCCCUGCAGUCCAAAUGAUCCCAUGGAAAUGUGCAUGAAAUUUCCUGCAUUGAUCAAUUCAGUCAACAAUGUUGAAUUGCCAUCAUGCAGGGACCCUGUUCCUAGUGCUUCUAUUCCAAGGCACAGGAAUGGUACUAAAUUAGGUAUUAGAGAUGAUGAUGAAAACUUUAGUAGGUGUAAUAAACCUUUAACAAAGUCAAAGGCUUUUAGGCCUCCACAACGAAUUGGAGACCGAAGAAUAAGGAAAUUGCUGACUUCCAAAUACUGGAAAGUAGCUCCAAAAUUGAAGGAUUGUGAAUUUUCCAAACCUGCAGUUUUAGAAGGGGGGGCGAAGUCUCACUAUCUCAAGAGGAAAUUAUGUUACAGUCGUGAAAGGUAUCAACUUAACACCUUUUAUAAGAGGAGGAAGUUUACUGAUCAUAGUGUAGUUGUGACUUCUGAUGGAGGGUUCAGCAGUGAAAGUGUUUGCAAUUCACCUGAUAAGAAUAUGACUGGAGACAAGAAUGGUGCUUCCAUAAUGUUUCACGAUGCAGCUAAUGGGGUAUCAUCUUCUGUUAUAGGUCAUCAAGCAUCCUUCCACUCCAAGGAUUCUCAAGUGAAGUUCAGUAUUAAGUCCUUUAGAGUUCCAGAGCUUUUAAUUGAGGUACCAGAAACUGCAACUGUUGGUUCACUGAAGCGGACUGUAGUGGAGGCUGUAAGUGCUAUACUUGGAGGUGGUUUACGAGUUGGGGUGCUUCUUCAUGGAAAGAAGGUUAGGGAUGACAAUAGAACCCUAUUGCAGACUGGCAUCACUUCUAAUGAGAAUCUUGAUACUCUGGGUUUCUCAUUGGAGCCUACUCCUGUGCAAGUUUCCCCACCCUUGUGCACUGAAGAUCCUCCAGCACUAUUACCAUGUGACACAUCUCAACUUAUAUUGAGGUCGCCAACCACUCCUAUUGUAGAUUCAGGAGUUUCUGUCGCCUUACCUGAUCCUCCCCCACUGACUAAUUUGGACACCAAUAUUGAAAGUAAUCGUGAAUCAGUUUCCUCCCAUGCUGACAUAGUAACUGACAAUACACUGUCGGAUUCCAGAGCUCUGGUUGCAGUUCCACCAGUGAAUGCUGAGGAACUUGCUAUGGUUCCUUUAAACCAGAAAUCUAAGCGAUCUGAACUUGUACAGCGUCGAACCAGGAGACCAUUCUCUGUGUCAGAAGUAGAAGCACUAGUGCAUGCAGUUGAGGAACUAGGAACUGGAAGGUGGCGUGAUGUUAAAUUGUGUUCUUUUGAAGAUGCAGACCAUCGGACUUAUGUGGAUUUGAAGGAUAAAUGGAAGACAUUGGUUCACACGGCGCAGAUUGCCCCUCAGCAAAGAAGGGGUGAGCCUGUGCCCCAGGAGCUCUUGGACAGGGUGUUGGCUGCACAUGCUUACUGGUCCCAACAUCAAGCUAAGCAACAUAGUAAGAAUCAGACUGCUAUACUGAAGAUUACUGACGCUCACGCUGUUAGAAAUGGAGUUGAAGAUAUCCAGUCAAUAUGACAUACAAAGAAAGAAAUAUGUUAACACGAACAGGAGAUGUACAAAUUAUUCAAAAUUAUGUAGUAUUUUCAUACCCAGUCGAUUCAUUGCCACCUUUCCAAACUCUGAGAGGUCGGCAUUUGUAAAUGAUUUGAUGGAAUAAAGGUACUCUAACAGAA